AUUUAUAAAGGGUGGUGAAAAUUCUUCUAACUGGUUGAGUCACAAGGCUAGGUGAAGGGACAAGCGAGGGUACACUUGAGAGAGAGAGAGUUUGAAGGAAGAGAAGCGGAGAAAUUCGAGCAGAGCGACAAUGGGUGGAGGAAUGGGAGCUCACAAGAACAAAUUUAUUGAGGAUUGGAGUACUGCCAGAGAAAAUCUUGAGUAUAACUUCCGCUGGACUCGCCGGAAUUUAGCGAUUGUGGGUAUCUUCGGAAUCGCCGUUCCCUAUCUUGUUUACAAGGGCAUCGUCAGAGAAUUUCAUAUGCAAGAUGAGGAUGCAGGCAGACCAUACCGGAAGUUCUUUUAAGCACCUCAUCAAGGCGCGGCAAUCAGUGUUUUUAAGUAAUAAAACCUUUCUCAUCUAUGUGAACACUCAACCCUUCCAAUUUGGAUGGAUUAUGAGACAAUAUUGAUCUGUGCAAGUUUAUGACACUUUGUGAAUGCUGAGUAUUUUCAUUUUGAAGUUCUGCCUUUCAAAUUAAUCCUCAAUACAGACCAUUGUUGGUUUUGUUUUUGUUCUUUUUUCUUAACAUGGGGUGCUGUUGGGAGAAGCCCUUCAACUUUAUGCUCUUUAUAUAUAAUAUAUAUAUAGAGUGUCAAAUAAUGAAAUACCAAUGAUUGUAAUUAGCUUCGUGGUAAAUGCAUAUCUCAGCUCCUCUUUGGUUCAA